AUGAGGAGACGUCCCUCGGGUUCUCAAGAAGAUGAGGACGGCCUCGACCUCGCGACCCGCACCACGCCAGACGGCAAUGCCAGGAGCGACGAGAUGACGCCGACCAAGGACCUCCCACGAGGGGAACACACCCUCAAGCCGCCCGACAGCAAGAGUAGCAGGGAGGCGCGAAGAAAUUCGGCACAGGAACACCACAGCACUUGGUCUCCAUGCAUCACCGCAGCGGAGAAGAGCCCAUUGGCAAACGGCCAUGUGCGAAGCAAAGACACCCCCGAACCUACAGAAGAACCGCCUCGCCAUAGUCGCGCGCAUGUGCGCAGUCCAUGGCGCUGCUCUUUCCUCACACUGGCGGCCAGCGCAUGCUCGAUACUCCUGCUGCUGGCGAUAGCACACGCAUUCCUGACCCGGCAGUUGGAUCCCAAGGGCUGUGCAAUGUCCUACAUGAGACCUUCAUUUUCGCGAUUCGCCGACUUUGACACCGAACACACACGAUUCGCGAGCAAGUACUCGUUAUACCUGUAUCGGGAAGGAGGGGUGGACGAGGAUACACGAGUCAAGGGCAUUCCAGUACUGUUCAUACCUGGAAACGCUGGCAGCUAUAAGCAGAUGCGCCCAAUCGCGGCGGAGGCAGCGAAUUACUUCCAGGACCAGCUUCGUGGUAAUGCAGGAGAGAUCAGCAGCGGGAAGCGGCCGUUAGAUUUCUUCACAGUGGACUUCAACGAGGAGCUUACGGCUUUCCAUGGCCAGACAAUGCUGGACCAAGCAGAAUACUUGAACGAGGCAGUCGCGUACAUUUUGGCUCUUUACCACAAUCCUCAGAUGUCGUUGCGAGAACCCGGGCUGCCGGAUCCGAAGUCCGUCAUCAUCCUUGGACAUUCGAUGGGUGGUGUGGUGGCUCGUACAAUGCUACGCAUGCCGAACUAUCAGGAGAAGUCGAUCAACACGAUAGUCACACUAUCUGCGCCUCAUGCAAGACCGCCUGUCUCGUUUGACGCAGCUAUGGUUGCAGCGUAUCAGGACAUCAACACUUUUUGGCGGGAGUCUUACUUCGCUGGCUCCUCCGACGACAAUCCAUUGGCAGAUGUCACACUGGUCUCUGUUGCGGGAGGAGGACUGGACACCAUGAUCGCGUCCGAGUACUCCUCACUGACAUCGUUGGUCCCGGACACACAUGGCUUUACAGUUUUCACUUCAAGCAUACCCAAUGUAUGGACCGGCAUGGACCAUCUGGCAAUCAUGUGGUGCAACCAGUUCCGACGAGCGCUGGUCAGAGCCAUCUUCGAUGUGGUGGAUGCGAGAAGACCGGCCCAGACAAGAGCCCAGCCGGAGCGUGUUGCAGCAUUGCGGAGGCGGUUACUGACUGGAAUGGAGCCGGUUGUGGAGAAGGAAGCCUUGAAUCACGAGCCGACGACGUUCUUGUCACUCGAGCACAGCUCCACUACCAUGAUGGCGCACGGGGACCGCCUGGAGCUACGCUCACUGGGCCACGGUGGCAAGACCAGAGCACACGUUAUGCCCGUUCCUUCACAGCCUGAGUCCGAAGGUGGCAAGUUCACGCUCAUGACGAACCAACGAUUAGAUACUGGUGACGAAGAGGGCUCGGUCGCAGUCUUCCUAUGCAGCGUGUCGCCGCCACCGACUGGAGCAUCGGUGCUGUCCUACGUGAUGGACAGGGACGAUGCGAGCGGUUCUUCCUCUGGCUCUACCCGCCUUGCCUGUAAGAAUGCAGCAAUCGACGUCUCGCUGCUGCCCGCUUCGACGAACGAGUCCAUCAACGCGUUCGACGAUGCGACGCCGUUCUCAUACCUGCAAUAUGAAGUCGCCGACAUGUCGGAUAAUCAGUUCGUUGCAGUCAUUGAAAGGAGCUCAGAGCUUUCGGACGGCUGGCUGUUUGCAGAGUUCAGCUCGGCCAAGGAUUCUUCCAUACUCGUCAGCAAAGGCCACCACCAGUUGCUCUUGAAGGGAAUGAAACGCAAGCUACCUCCGAGCCGGCCCAUGAUGACCGAGUUGAAGAUCCCAGAAGUGCACUCCACGCUGUUCGCAUAUCGACUUGACAUUGACCGGCGCCCUUGUCAAGGCGCACCAGAGAGUUUCGCCCCGCUCCUGCGGCAGUACAUCCAAGAGCCAUACGAGUCCAAGUACUUCGUCAACACGCAAGGCGGCAACAUCAACGUCCACGGCAUAUCCCCGUACAUGCCUCCUCCCCUUAGUGGUGGCGGGGCGAGCGAAGGGCUGUCUCUGCAGCUCUGGACAGAUCCCACUUGCAACUCCACGGUCAAAGUCACGCUGAGCGUCGACGUGUUGGGCAGCGCUGGAAAGCUCGUCAUGCGAUACAGGACAGUGUUGGCUGCCAUGCCGGUGCUCGUCGUUGCCAUUGUUAUGCGCAAGCAGUUCAAGGUCUACGAUGCAACCGGCGUCUUCGUCAGCUUCUCGCAGAGCAUGGAUCAGUGUCUGCGCACUUCGCUGCCCAUGAUUUUCACCGCGAUGACCUUCCUCGGCAUCGCACUGUCGAAAGCUACAAAAGGACCUUUGGCGCGACAAUGGCUCAGCACGUCCACUGGAACGACUGAUACGGCUGUCGACUUCACCAUCAACGAUCUUCUACUAGGCACCUCCGAUCCGUUCUUCUGGUUUCUCGUCCCACUCUUCGGUCUUAUCGCAGUCGGCAUCUGCAUCACCGCCAACUAUUUCGUCUUGAUGGUCACUAAUACCUUCGAAUUCAUCUACACGCGCAUCCGCUCACUGACAUCGCGCACCGACGACAGCCGCAGGAGCCCAACGGGCUUCACCACGACCACUACACAGCAGCGCAUCUACACGACCGGCGUUCUUCUACUGCUCGUCGCCACCGUCAUCCCAUACCAAUUCGCCUACCUCGUCCUCUGCAUGGUGCAGCUCAUGACGAGCGUCCGGGCGGUACGAGCGGCUCGCGACAUCUCCUCCACCCAAACAUACAACCUGUGCAACUACACCCACGCGACUCUCCUCCUCAUGCUCUGGAUCCUGCCCCUCAACCUCCCCACUCUGGUGGUCUGGAUGCACAACCUCUCCGUGCAAUGGCUCACCUCCUUCUCCACCCACCACAAUCUCCUCUGCAUCCUGCCAUUCAUCCUCCUGGUCGAGACGCAGAGUACGGGCAACAUGGUGCCGCGCGUCACCAGUCGCAUCCGCUUCCUCACCAACACCCUCACCUUCGCCCUCGCCCUCUACGCCGCCAUCUACGGCGUCACGUACGCCUACCGCCUGCACUACAUCGUCAACGCGCUCUGCGCGUGGCUGUUCGUCUUACACUGCUCCGACGGCGGCUCGCUCUCGCUGGCGAGGUGGGUGCCGUCUGCUUUUGCGUCUGCGUGUAAUACCCCAGCUACUUCCACAGGAUCGCACAGGGGAUACGGGAGGAAUACAAAGAAGAGACCUUAG